AUGGCCGAAGACAGAGUCAACGUCAUGCGCGGCUACAAAGCCACCCUCCACAACCCCAACACCUCCCAACAAGCAAAACAACACGCCCAAUCCGUCCUCGACGACGAGCUCGGCGGCGACCAGCCCAGCGAGGACGUUCAUAACGCUCAAUCCGGGGACAAGGAUCCGAUGCGUGUUGCCGCGGGGUAUAAAGCGGCGCAGCAUAAUCCGAAUGUCACGGAUGAGGGGAAGAGGAGGGCUAAGGAGGGACUGGAGCAUGUGCCGCAGGAGUAG